AUGGCAAUCCCCAAUACCCGUCACGAGGAACCUUCAGAGGAUGAGCGGACUACCAGGUUUAGUCGGGUCCGCAGAAGUCUUAACGGGCGACGUAGUGUUGACGGUCUAGCUCGAGGUGCCACUGAGAAUUCAACUGGUAACAAUGAUCUGGACGACUCACAGUAUGUCGAACCUGCUUCGACAGAGAUGUAUUCUGGUCCUGCUUCUGAAUCAGUUCCAUCUUCAUAUUCCUCUUUUCAUAUGUUUGAUCAUGCUAAUAGUGGCGGAAGAAGACUGUCAAGAUCACGUUCUGCUCAUCGGAAUUCUGAAUAUGCUCGCAACAGUUUUUCGAGAAACAGCUUUGCAGAAGACAUUGGUAGGUCCCUUUCCCAGUCACAAAAUAGCCAGUCCCAGUUAUCUUCAUCUGUCAUAAGUGUUGAAAGUCUCAACCAGCAAGCCCAAAACAGUUACUUGAAAAGAGAUCGAUCAGAGUCGCGUUCUAGUUUCCGAUUUUUUUCUUGGGAUGAGAUCGAACAUGCUCAGGGUGCCACGACUGCUGGUGAUGACAUCGAUCCAGUGGCAUAUGAUUCAUUAUCGGAAGAUAUUGCUCAACUAAUAGGCAGUGAAGACGAUAUUGAUGGGGAAGAAAGAGGAAGGGAGGGCAAUGUUGCUUUAUCGCCUAUCCUGCAUCAUGGCCACCAUCAUCGUAAGAAGUCAGGUGCUGACGAUGAUCAAAUUGAUUCUGAUGCUCAUUCUCAGAGAGGGCAUAUCUCACGUCGUCGUUCUUCGCAUUUUUAUGAGGAUGUUGGUGCCGAUGAGCCCCUGCUAGUCACGGAAUCGUUGGACGGAAGAGAACAAAAAGAAGCUGCUGAUCAUAUUGUCUAUACUAAUUCUGAGCGUCUAUUUCAGAGAUACUACAUUACAGAAGAGGACCUAGUGAUUGGAUUUGCUGGUUUUAAAACAUCUCGCAUACGUAGUUUUUUCUACGCAAUUCUUUCCAUUGGUACCCUCGGUAUAGCAUACUUGAUUUUACGGUGGUUCCCUCGAUUACGGAUUCAGUGUAUUGGAAAGCCCUGUGCACUAGGACAGUGUGACUGGGUUGUGGUUGAGAAUCAAUGGGGUGAGUUGACUAUUGUUAAUGUCAACCACCAGCGUUACGACCAAAGACUUUCCACUAUUUUCAGGACAGAUUCAGAAAAAUCUGAGCUUGCUGCUAAUGAUAGCGACAGUAGCACCGUAGAUGCAUCAGAUGAUAAUGUUGUUGUAUUUGAAGACGAAGAAGACUAUUAUGUUGAUAGCGAUCCACUUGUGCCUUCGUUAAGAUGGAUCGAGUAUAGAUAUAUCAAGUUCAUCUAUCACCCAUUCAAGGACAUUUACUUGACAAAUAAUAACUGGAUAGAUCCUAAUUGGAACGAUGUUGAAUCUGUUUCUGAAGGUUUAGACUCGGAUGUGCAGACAGAUCGUAGCCUUGUUUUUGGUGACAAUUUAAUUGACAUCAAGGAGAAAACAACCACUCAACUGUUGGUGGACGAGGUGUUGCAUCCUUUUUACGUCUUCCAAGUAUUCUCAAUGAUAUUGUGGGCUUUUGAUGAGUACUAUUAUUAUGCAUCUUGUAUCUUUUUCAUUUCAGUUAUUUCGGUCGGAAACACUCUGAUUGAAACUAAGCAAGCUUUGGCAAGAUUGAGAAAUAUUUCUAAAUUUGUCUGCGACGUUCGUGUUUUGAGAAGUGGUUUUUGGACCACCAUACCAUCUUCAGAGCUAGUUCCAGGCGAUGUUUAUGAGGUUUCAGAUCCAACUAUCUCGUCUUUACCAUGCGACUCCAUUCUGCUGUCUGGUGAUUGUAUUGUCAAUGAGAGUAUGCUGACUGGAGAGUCGGUUCCAGUAUCUAAGGUUCCGAUUACUGAUAGCUCCUUGCAAGGGAUGGUUGCUGGUAACAGUCCAAAUGGUGGAGAUGAUCUCGCCAAGCAUUAUCUAUAUAGCGGAACCAAGAUUAUCCGUGUUAGACGGCCAAAGCGCCCUCGUCAGCAAGCUCAAGGCGAGGAUUAUGAUGUGGCACUUGCAGUGGUUAUUCGUACAGGUUUUUCUACUACCAAGGGCUCCUUAGUGAGAUCCAUGUUGUUUCCAAAACCUAGUGGAUUUAAAUUUUACGAGGACUCUUUUAAAUAUAUUGGUGUCAUGGCAAUGAUUGCUUGUGUUGGAUUCAUUGUCUGUACAGUGAACUUUAUUCGCAUGAACCUGCCUACCCACUUGAUUGUUUUUAGAGCUCUCGACAUGAUUACUAUUGUGGUCCCUCCUGCCCUACCUGCCACCCUGACUAUUGGAACUAACAUUUCCCUGGCAAGACUGAGGCAAAAGUCCAUUUUCUGUAUUUCGCCAAAUCGUGUGAAUGUGGGUGGAAAGUUGGAUGUCGUGUGUUUUGAUAAAACUGGUACAUUGACAGAAGACGGUUUAGACGUGCUAGGUAUCCACUUGCUUGCAAAAGAAAAAUUCAGCCCUCUUUAUUCUAGUCUUGCUAGUAGUCAGGGUCCUGAGUCGCUAGAAAUGACCAAUGCUCUAACCACAUGUCAUUCUCUUCGGUCUGUUGAUGAUGAAUUGAUUGGAGACCCAUUGGAUGCAAAAAUGUUUGACUUUUCGGGAUGGCAAUUCAAAGAAGAAGAAGGACAUGGUGCUCAUAGUCGAGUUUCCAUUUCUCCUGAUGGCAAGACUGUCCUAACAGCAUUGAAGACGUUUGAGUUUAUCUCCCAACUUCGUAGAAUGAGCGUUCUAGCUAAAAGACAAGAUGGUUCAUUAUCCAUAUAUUGCAAGGGUGCUCCUGAAGUUAUGGAUCAAGUCUGUGAUAGAGACAGUUUCCCUGUUGAUUACCAGGAACUUCUUCAUCAAUACACACAUAGAGGGUAUCGAGUGAUUGCAGUUGCUGGUAAGAAGAUUCGCAUUGAAGAUGAUUCUAACAUUGAUGUUGCAACGGCAGAUAUUGUGGCCAAUCUCCGACGUGAAGACGCAGAGCGAGAAUUACAAUUCAUUGGUUUUAUUAUUUUCGAGAACAAACUGAAGCCUACGACUGCUCGAGUUAUUCAAAAGCUUGAAGAAGCCAAGAUUCGUACUAUUAUGUGUACUGGUGAUAAUGUUUUGACCGCUAUUAGUGUUGCUCGGGAAUGUUACAUGAUCCCUGAUAAGACAGUUGUUUUCGCGCCUCACUUUGUUGAACAAACACAAUCAGAAGAAUACAGUACUCUUCCUAUACAGGAAGAAGUGACCUUGAGAUGGGAAAGCAUUGAUGAUCCAACUAUUGUUUUGAACGCACAAAUGAGACCACUAGAUCAGACUAUGCGAAACUAUUCGCUUGCGGUUACUGGUGAUGUCUUUAGAUAUAUUGUGAAGAAUGGUAGUGAUGAGCAGCUGGAACAGAUGCUUAUCAAGGGCAGUAUUUUCGCACGUAUGUCGCCUGAUGAAAAGCAUGAAUUGGUGGAGAGGUUACAACAAAUUGGAUACACCACUGGUUUCUGUGGUGAUGGUGCUAAUGACUGUGGUGCUUUAAAGGCAGCUGAUGUGGGUAUUUCAUUGUCUGAAGCAGAAGCUAGUGUUGCAGCUCCUUUCACCUCGCGAAAGUUUGAAAUUGACUGUGUAUUGGAUGUUAUUGGAGAAGGACGUUGUGCUCUAGCUACCAGUUUUUCGUGCUUCAAGUACAUGAGUUUGUAUAGUGCAAUCCAGUUUGUCUCUGUCAGCAUUUUAUAUGGUUUUGGAUCUAAUCUAGGCGAUUUCCAGUUUUUGUGGAUCGACUUGUUCCUUAUUUUGCCUAUUGCAAUUUUCAUGGCUUGGUCUAAGCCUUUCCCAGUUCUAAGCCGAAAGCGUCCCACUGCCAACCUUGUCUCUCGUAAGGUUCUUGUACCUCUUGUGGGCGAAAUUGUGAUCCUUGCCACUUUUCAAAUAAUCAUUUGGAUGUUUGCCCGUGAUCAACCCUGGUACAUUCCUCCUAAGAUUGGUGGUGAAGAUUCUGAAGUUGCAAGUACUGAUAAUACUGCCCUGUUCAUGACGUCGUGCUUCCAAUACAUUUUCACUGCUAUAGUCUUAUCAGUUGGUCCUCCUUACCGCGAGCCUUUGUACAAGAACUACCCAUUCCUUAUUACUGUUGGGGUGGCUGUAGCACUGUCGAUAUCCCUACUUUUUGUUGAUCCCGACGGAUGGUUUGGCAACCUCAUGACAUUGUCAUAUACUCCUCUUUCGUUCAAAGGAAUUCUUGUAGCAUUUGCUACUGUCAAUUUCCUUGCCUCUUGGAUUGCCGAUCGUGCAAUUUUCCCAGUUAUUGCUAGAUGUCUAAUGAACCUUCGCAAGUCUUUUGGUUAUGUCAAAACUCGCAAGAGAUAUAAGGUUCUUAAUGACCAGCUAAAGGAACCUAUCGUAUAA